ACACUAUGCAUCAAUUUUCGAAAACCGUUAUGUACUAGAUCGAUUUUAUGAAGCGGUAGAAAUGAAAUAUCAUAAGGUUACCAAGGAUACAUUAAAUUCAUACUUAAGUGACCAAACAGUACGCAACGGUUGGAAAAUAAGGGAUUGGGAAGCCGAAAAGAUAAUUGAUUCCGUAUGGAAUAUACCUAUGAGGCCACUUGAAUUUAGAGCAUUAGUAAAAUCAUUAUUUACUACUGAACAACUCCACUACAUUUAUGAUGAGACACGUAUUCAAUGUGAAAAAAAAACAAAAUUACUUGGUUUACACUUGUAUUCAAGAUACAAAGUUGACAAGCAAGCAGUUAAAGAAUACUUAUUCGAUCACCCCUAUGGACUAACUCAAGAGGAAAUCGAAAAGCUAACUGAACAUUUGCCUCUUGGUAAGAUGUCGAAAAAGAAAUUUAUAAAAUAUAUGAUUUUUGGAAAUCAUUUUCUACAAUACGUAACGAACGGAAUACUGAUGGACCAAUGCAGAUGCUAG